AUGGGUGCUUACAACAACGACGGCGUUUUGUCGCCGAUAUACAGUCUCGGUUCCUCCCACGACGUCAGAAUCUCCAAGCACGUCCACGACAAUGUCCAUGGCAACAUUUACCUUGAUCCGCUCUCUUUGAAGUUCAUCGAUACCGAGGAGUUUCAGAGGCUUCGUGAACUCAAACAACUGGGAGUUACGCACAUGGUUUAUCCAGGGGGAGUACAUUCCAGAUUCGAGCAUUCACUUGGUGUCUAUUGGCUUGCUGGUGAAGCUGUUCAGAAGCUAAAAAAUUAUCAGGGCUCGGAUCUUGAUAUUGACCGCUUUGAUCUCCAGACCGUAAAAAUUGCAGGACUUUUGCAUGAUGUUGGCCAUGGGCCUUUCAGUCACUUGUUUGAACGCGAGUUUCUUCCCCAAGUUCGGAGUGGUUUCCAUUGGUCUCACGAGGAUAUGUCAGUGAAGAUGGUUGAGCACAUUGUUAAUCAGCAUCAUAUUGAUAUUGACCCUCAGAUGAUUAAAAGAGUUAAGGAGAUGAUACUGGCCAGCUCUGAAUUUGCAAUGCCAAGAAGCUCAAGGGAGAAGCGUUUUCUGUAUGAAAUUGUUGCAAAUGGCCGUAAUGGAAUUGAUGUGGACAAGUUUGAUUAUAUUGUCCGUGACUGCCGCGCUUGUGGGCUGGGAUGUAACUUUGAGUUUCAAAGAUUAAUGGAGACAAUGCGGGUUAUGGAUGAUGAGAUCUGCUAUCGGGCCAAAGAUUAUCUCACUGUCCACAAGUUAUUUGCUACUCGAGCUGAUUUGUAUCGAACAGUUUAUACACAUCCAAAAGUAAAGGCCAUAGAGCUUAUGGUGGUUGAUGCCCUGGUGAAAGCAAACAAUUAUCUAGACAUUGCCUCUCACAUUGAGGAUCCCUCUCAAUACUGGAAGUUAGAUGACACCAUCAUUAGAACUAUUGAGACAGCUCCAAACGAAGAACUAAAGGAAGCUAGGGACUUAAUCCUGCGGAUUAGGAGGAGAAAUCUUUAUCAGUUCUGCAAUGAGUAUGCUGUACCCAAGGAUAAAAUGGAAAAUUUCAAAAAUGUCACCGCUCAAGAUAUUGUUUGUUCUCAGAAAAGUGGAGUGACAUUGAAAGAGGAGGAUGUUGCUGUUUGCAACGUCAGGAUUGAUUUGACUCGUGGGAGACAUAGUCCUCUUGAAAGUAUCAACUUUUUCCAGGAUUAUGACAGUGAGGAGAAAUUCACUAUACGUGAGGACCACAUUAGUCACUUGCUGCCUACAUCAUAUCAAGAUAUGAUAGUGAGGGUCUACUCCAAAAAGCCUGAGCUGGUUGGAGCAAUUUCUGAGGCUUUUGAGAACUUUCAGUUAAAAACAUAUGGGGUCAAGGCACAAGUACACGCAACACCAGAGAAAAAGAAACGUCGUAUCUUAUCAUGA